AAAAUAAAAAAUAAAAAAAAAUAAUAAAAACCAAAAAAUUAAAAAAACAAACAAAAUUAAUAAAAAUAAAAAGUAAUAAAAAUAAUAGAAGUACACAGCUCAAAUUAUACAAAUUUUAUUAGUGUGAAGUCAAACAGUGCGCACACCGAAAUCAAUUAGCUGUGUGCAUACGUUUGUUAAAAUGAGCGCAGAAAACAGCUGUAUUAAUUGCGCCAACAACAACACAUCACAGGAAUUGUUAUUUCGAUUUGUUGGUAUUGGCAAAUGGAAAAUAAACAAAAUCCCAUUGAAAGCUAAAUCAAACGAAUGCUCGAUAACUUUAUUAUCAUGAAAUAAAGCACACACGUAGCACACCCUUUGGUAGAAAAAAGUAAAAAAAAACACAAAAAAAAAAAACAAAAUACAGCAGCUAUUUCAAACAAGGCAAACAGUUCAAUAGGCCAGAAUAACAUUGCAAAGCGGAAUGGGUGAAAGACGAAAAGUGCGAGAGAUUCGAAGCAAGCCGGCAAACGAGUGAUUCAUACAAUAGGGAAUUAGCGCCUGAAGUUGUUUCUUUAGAAUACUUGACAUGAGGUGAUUGCAGUGAAUACCCGAACGAGUGCUUGUUUGCUUUAUUAAUCACUUAAAGGAUAAUACUUAAAAGCAAAGCAAUUGAAAUUCAUGAAAAUGCAUGACUCAAGAACUCACUGAAACCCAUUGUGACCUUUGUUUUCAGCAGCAAAAACACCUUGAAAAAGCAAAUAAAAAAAAAUAAACAACCACGUUAAGUACUAACGUGGUGACACACUAAAAUCAACAAUCAACAAACAACAACAAAUGCAAAGAACAAUACAUUUAAUAUAAAUUGCCACAUGAGAAUUGAAAAACCAAAUAAAAUUUAAAAAGCAUAGCGUGCAACUGAACACAAAAACUUCCAUCUGCUAUCGCUGCCAUAAACGAGUGAAUUUUCCAAAAGUUACUCGCCACCCCCAGAGCGCCUCAUGGAAUUGCACACAUAAGGCGUUAAGUUGUAACCUAAAACCCAAACUCAAAUCGCAAUAAAAAAAUCAAAAAAAAAAAACACUCGGUUGUAUUUCAACGCGGUUGUAUUAUGCUCGAAGUGCAUACAAUCACACGCAGCCCCACAGCUAAAAAAGCAAAUGACAUAUUGGCUUACCAAAAGGCCUUCAAAUUUCUCGCAAUAGUGGCUUGCUUCUAUGCGCUGUCGCCUGUGUGACCUUUUAACAUACAUACAUACAUACAAACAUAUUCUUUACGCUACACUCAUUGCGUUUGAAACAGUACCACUACCAUUCGCGUAAAUACUUGCAAAUUAAAAUUAAUCGUCAAUAAUUGCAAAAUGUGCUUUCGCGGCAUAUUUGAUUGUCUCUUCGGCUGCUGUAAGUCGAAGAAAGCGCAUGGCCUAAAUGAGAGUUCAUUCUACGACUACGUGGAGCCGUUGCCCGUAUAUCAAAAUGAGAAGAUCGGCACUUUGAAGGAAGGCAUCAGCUUCACCAUUACCGGUAAAAUUUUGCUCAAUUGUGAGCGAUUUUCGAUCAAUUUCGUUAUCGAGAAUGCAACACGAGAUGUUGCGCUCCAUAUCAAUCCACGCCUGCCGCAAAACUACAUUGUACGCAACACCAAAGUGAAAGGCGUAUGGGGCAGGGAGGAGGUUUCGUCAGCACUGCCAUUCUCACUGCAUCGUGGAAGCCGUUUCGCCAUGCAGAUUUUCAUAACAGACAGCGAUUAUCUGAUCUCCGUGAAUGGUAUACAUUUUGCCAAAUAUGCGCAUCGCUUGCCCUACACUUCGGUGUCGACAGUCGAGGUGAAGGGCGAUGUGGAGGAUGUGAACAUGGAACGCGCCGAUGUGGAAUGCUAUCCGGAGCAUUUACCAGGCGUAGAUCCCAAAGAGAUAUGUGUGGCUUUAGACAUUUUCGAUGAGCACCCCAAUGGUGGCGAUAAGUCCGCAUUGAUACCCUACGACGAAGUGGAUGGCUCGAAUUUGGAUUGGGCGCCACUUGGCAUAAAAAGCACGAUUGCGCUAAUGAAAAAUGUCGCAUGUGGUAUACCACUACCCUACUACGGCCUCUUGCCGACUAAUUCGUUGAAAGUGGGGCGUUGCCUUCAAAUUGUGGGACGCGUCAAAUUGUUGCCACAAUCGUUCUACAUCAACUUGCAAAAGGGUCAACACUAUUGGCCGCAUCCGAUUAUCGCAUUUCAUUUUAAUCCGCGUUUCUCGAAACAGAGUGGCGCAAUCGGCAAAGCGAUUGUGUGUCGAAAUGCUUGGUUCAAUGGCGCUUGGGCGGAGGAGGAGCGUUCCGAAUUGGACACAGACUUUCGGCCGGGCAAGACGUUUCGCUUGGCUAUUGUGUGUGCGGAAAAUGCAUUCGAGGUGUAUUUGAAUGACAAACUCAUAACAGAGUUCAAGUAUCGCAUCAAGCCGGAUAUAGUGGAUACCCUGUAUAUACAGGGUGAUAUUAAAUUGCGAAGUGUUGUGCUGCUCAGCAAUUUGUCGCCAAAGGGCACAAGACGCAUUUACACAAAUCCGCUCUUCAGAUAUAACUAAUGAAUUGCGCGAAAAAGACGAAAUAAAGUGAAGAUUUCCAAUGCUGUUUGCGGCACAUAGUCAGACAGUCAGUCAAUGGAGAAAGCCUUUGGAAAGGUAGUUGCGGAGUUGUAGUCGUGCAAGCGCAACUUAAGCCAUAUUUAAUAUGGAUAUGCGAAUAGAUUUCUUAUUUAUUAGUUUUUAGCUUUAAUUAUUUUCUUCGUAUACUAUUUCCAUAAAGAUCUGUUUGCUUUUGAUUAACAUUUAAGUUCUUAGGAAAACCAAAAAAAUGCAUCAAAGAUUAGAAAAUACUUACAAUAACUAAUUAACGAAAAACAUUUACCAAGACAUAAUUUUUUUAAGAUUUUUAAAGCAUUUUGAAACUACAAUAUAUGUAUGUAUGUAUUUUCUUUUACUCGAUUACGUUGUUAGUAUAUAUUAGAAAAAAAACUUAAAUAAAAUACGAAAAAAAUUUCUAAAAUAAUUAAAAAGGCCUACUCGCUUUAUAAUUGAGUUUCUCGGACAAUAAUUAACUUAGGCAGUGUGUUUAGGCUACGAAAGCGUCCGGUGGUCUAGCAUAUAUAUGUAUAUAUAUAGCAGUACGCAUACAUACACCAGUGCAUACAUACAUACAUAGAUGUGUUUCCAAAAUUUUAAAUAUUAAACUUGAAAUAUCCUCAAUGGACUUGUGAUGAUUUUUCUUAAAGCAGAGCUAAAAGUGGAGAGUCGAAAUAAACGAAUGUAACUGUAUGCUAUCUCCAAA